UUGUUUACAAAAUAUUGGCGCUGAAAUUACUUUGCGUUAAAAUACUUAUUAUUUCAUACUAAAUUAUAUUAACAAUUCCUUCUGAAAUGUUAAAUAGUAAUUCUACUUCCACAGUCAAACUCAUUAGAAAAUAUUUAAAAGUAAAAAUCUCAGAAGAUAAUGUUAGAUUCCGAGGACAUCAUAAAGAAAGAGAACAUGUUUACGACUUAAUCAUGAAGUCUAUAUUGCAAGGAGAAUCACACUCGGCGUUGAUUGUUGGACCUAGAGGGAGCGGUAAAACAACGCUGAUUAACUCCGUGCUACGCGAAGUCUCAAAGGAAGUUGACAUGGAGAGCGAUGUAUAUCUGGUGAAGCUGAAUGGCCUGCUACAUCAGGAUGAAAAGGUGGCCCUGAAGUCUAUCACUGCACAGAUGCAACUGGAAAACGUGGUAGGGGAUCGGGUGUUCGGCACAUUCGCAGAGAACUUAAGUUUUUUGUUGAGCUGCAUGAUGACGGGCGCAGACAGGAGGUGCAAAACCAUGCUGUUCUUGCUGGAAGAGUUCCACCUUUUCUGUCACUCGGGCCGCGCGCAAACACUGCUCUAUAACCUGUUUGAUAUCACACAUAACAAAAUGGCACCUAUCUGUGUUUUGGGCACAACAAAUCGUCUAGACGUCACGGAGGCCUUAGAGAAACGCGUAAAAUCAAGAUUCUCACACAGACACAUAUGUCUCUUUCCUCACGAGAACACUUUAGUGCUAGAAGAUGUUAAGGAGCUAUUCGUGGAAUGCUUGAGUAUGCCGAUCCCUAGACACGUGAAGCCUAAAAGAAAAAGAAUGAAAUCUGUGGGUGUCGAACCAAUGGACGUAGACGACAAUUGCAUCAAAUUUUCAAUCCCAGACGAGAUAUUCCAGAAAUGCGAUAUGGAUUCCAAGCAGUUCGAGGAGUUGCAAAUGGAUUAUCUGGAAUCUUGGAACGCGCAUAUCCAGAGCUUAGCUUCCGAUGAGAAAGUGGUAGAUGCGUUGGAAAAGUUCUGUUAUUAUACUUUUAAUGAACAGAUAUUGAGGAAUGUGUUGUUUCAAAUAGUAUCAAAACUGUCCGCGAGAAAGCCAUACAUAGACGUGACUGACAUAACAGAAGUCAUAGACAACACAGUCUCGGGGGAGAGCAGACGGAGACUUCUGCAGUCUCUGUCUAUUCUAGAGUUGUCUCUGGUCAUCGCCAUGAUGCACGGCAUGGAGAUAUUUGAUGGGCAACCGAUGAACUUCGAGAUGGUUUUGCAUAGGUACACAAAGUUUUCAAACCAGAACUCCUCGACUCAAUCCGUACCGCGGCCAGUUAUUUUAAAAGCCUUCGAACACUUGCAGUCACUAGAAAUAAUCCAACCUGUUCGUGCCACAGACGCUUAUGGUGCCGAUACAGUGAGCAGAGUCCAGAAAGAGUUCAAACUCUACACUCUUACUGUGCCCGUAGAGGAUAUUAAAGAGGCUGUGAAGGGAUUUAAGGCACUGCCAACUGAAAUCUCACACUGGGUCAAUAACUCUGUUGUUUGAGUCAUACUAUAAUAACUGUUUAAAUUAAAUUACUUUGCAAUAAACACAUAAUUUAUUA